AUGGUCGGUGAGACGUUUGCCAGAUGUGCUGCAGAUCGAGAUGCUGUCUGGAUUGGCCUGGUCGCACACGCAUCCGACCUCCUUGCAUCCUGCAAGCACAGCAUCGCAUCUUUCAUCGCCAACCCAACCGGGCCUCUCCGACGGGGAAAGGUCCUCGCCAUUUACCGAUCACCAGUCAUUGUUUCAGCGAUGGGGUAG